AAAUAUUCUGACCUGCUGUGGUUUUGCUGAGUUCUUUGCAAGAAAAAAAUUGUGUUGUUAUUUUUCUAUAGUCCAAAAACAAGGGAAAGCUAAGAGUUAGCAUUUUUCCAGGGGUGCCUUGAGUCUAAAAGGUUUAGAACCACCAUCCUAGAUAAACUGUCCAGAAUGUUAUACCAGGAUAGGCUGGGGAAGUAUCAGUCUUACCAGUGUUUAUUCCCCAUGUCAUCCAAAGAUUAAGGGAUAAAUUAAGUCUUACUUUGACCUGUCUUUCUGAGCAAAAACCCAAUUCUCCCCUCUGUGUCAGACCUUACCAUAAUGCCUGUAGGUACUUCAGUCCCCAUCCAGAACUGCAGAAGGAAUUCAGAGACAUUCUUCUGUCAAACCUUGUGUACUCCAGUUCUGUGACCACCACCUGACCAGGAUUCUUCAUUGCAAUCUUUGGAGCCAUGUCUCAAGAGCAGGCAUGGAUCCCUGUCUCCAAGGCAUUCUCCAGAGCUCAGCAUUUGCCCCUUCAUAGUCUCUUUACAUGAGGAGUCAUGAGAAUCAUGGAGCUGCUAGGAGCUCUGCUUGUUUAUGCUCAUUAUUCAUUAUUUGUAUAGACUUUUCACUCCUAUUGUUUGUUUCAUUGUGGAUUACAUGGACAGAGCUAUUUUCAUUUUGUGAAUGUGGAACCUGAAGCAUGAAGAGAUGCAUUGACUAUUCCUAAGGUCCCACAGUGAGGUGGUUUCAACCUUGGAGUGGGACAUUCAAGGCUCUGAGUCCUGGCCAUGCUGAUUUGCUCUCUCCAAUUGUGAUCUGUCCCAUCUGAAGGAAGGAGAAGCCCUCACUCCUGACACAACAGCCUCCACUUUUCUCUUCACUCUGGGUGCACUGCCCCCAAUUUGUAAGCCCCACCUUGCACCUCUCAUUACUGACACCUGGUUUCUUGUGUCACAGACAAAUGAGGUCACAGCCUCUGUCUGGAUUGAUAUUAUCCCAAUGACCCCCAGCCCUGGGAGGACCAGUGGCAUCUCAGACCCCAGGGGAGGAGCAGCUAGUUUUUGGACUGCUUGUCUGUCACAGAAGCUAUCAUUUAAAGUUCUACGGUACCUUCUUGGAGUGAUAAUGAAGGCCCCUGGGAAAGGGAACGCCCCUAUGCAGCAGAUUGAUGAUGCUGAGGCAGGAUCUUCCAAAUUAUGGCUACCUCAUUCCAGUACCACCAAGACUGGAGCAAGUCAGUUGAGCAACAAGGUGCAAAAGAAGAACCGUCUAAAGAAAAUACUCAAGAAGCUGUCGCUGCUCAAGCUGAUAAAGCAGGCUGAUCGCAGGAUCCUCCGGCUACGCGUAUUGGCCAGUAGGUGCUGGAAGUUACUGACAUUCAAGAAACCUGCCAGUCUUGCUCCUGGCCCUGCUGGGACAAGAGCAUCCUCUAUGGAGCCAAAGAAGCCUGGAGUGGACGCGGAUACUAGUCCUGUUGUCAACACCACCACAGAGACUGAUCCUGACAUUACGGAUGUGAGACCUACCACUCACCCCGAUGUGGAGACUGCUCCUAUCAUUGAGGAUGCUGACCCUGUUACCACUGCUGGGGAUGACAUGGAGAUAGAUGCUGAUAUUCUGGAUGCUAGACCUGCCUCUGAGGAUGAUAUGAUGACUGAUGCUAACUUGGUGCUGUGUAACCCAGAGGCGCCCCUGGAGGUCCAGCCUGAGAUUCAGGAGUGGAGGGCCUGUUUUGAAGGCCUGCCCCAGCGGCUCCACGUCCCUGCUCCUAAGGUGCUCUGCAGACCAGCUGUCCAGCGAUGGAUCAAACCAUGCUGUACUCGGUCCUGUGGCCAGACACUGGAGCACCCACCAACUGUCUGGUACCGGGAGUGACAAAAUCUAUUUCUGUCCUUCCAAACUGGGUGGAAACUGAGUUGAGCAAUUGAAGGAGAGAGCUGCUGAGUGAUGCACUGAGCCAUAAUUCUAUAAAUAAAGGAAAUAACCUGCAUCCUUCAGACACAAAAUUUGUCUCUGGUCUGAAGUCUGAGCACAGGCAGGUGUGCAGGGAUACUUGGCAUAGUGAGAAGGAAUUGGACUGUGCCUCUUCUCUAGUCACUUACAAUUCUACCCACUAGACAGGCCCAGUUCUUCCCUGCUGUGUCUCUGCUAGAGACACUGGCAGUAUCCAAGGGAGAUUUAUAAGUUCAUUAUGCCAAAUUUAUAUUAUAUCAAAUGGGAAUCAGAAAGUUUUCUUGACAGUAAAUUGUCAACGGAUCCUUUUAAAUCUGGCAGCCUGAGCUGAAGUUGUUUUUAGGAUCUCCAUACCUGCGGUGAGGAGUUUAUUCUUGGGACAGUUCUCCAUGUGAAAGAUCUUGUUAUCUCAAGCCUGUGACUCCUCUAUGUGUUCCUGUAUCCUUUCCCCAUUUCCUGGGGCCCUUGAUACCAGUCAGAGGCACUGUUAAUGUGUGACAGGUGUAAUAUGAUGUCACUAGGCUGAACUGUGACACCCCCAGGCCCAUGAACUGAUGUAAUUGGUUAGAAGGAGCCCAUCUGGGCAAAGGUUGGGUUCUGCUCCCACCCCCACCAAUGUAAAUGAGAAGUGUCCUUCAGCACCAGUGGAAUAGCCCCCACAGCAGUUGAAUCUCUCUUCUGUGAGUGGUCCCAUUGCCUGCAGGGAAGUCGCUGGAAUGACUCGCUAUAUGUAUAAAGUUAAACUCUUGCAUAACACUUUCCAAGACUGAACCCCAGUGCUGCAAACCUGUAGACAAAACAGUCUCACAGGCCUUGGGAGAUCUCAGGGAGGAAAUAAAUGACUGAAUUAUGGAA